AUGUAUCGAGGACAACAGUAUAUGCAGCUUGGCAUCGGAAGGGGUAACACGCCCACGUGGAAUGAUGGUGUCAUUUCCGAUAAAUACGUUGGAUAUUACAUUGGGAGUUCCCAUGGAAAGAAAGGAGAUUCCGGUAGUGGAGUUUUUUCAAUGUCGGGAUUUUUCCUCGGCACGUCUGUGGGAGAGAAAGACUUCUGCUUCAACGACUACGCCAAUUUGUCUCUUUCUGAGGUGGCGGACCACCAUCCAGACACAAAAAUUAUCCGCGCGGACUUGAUCUUGGGCAUUUCUAAGAUCAUUCCUGGCGUAUCAGGUCCUGGCCCCCUUAGUGAUCCGCAUCCAGUUUCGUCCUGCCGAUUCCUUUCAUCCGUCAUUCUCGAAUUGUUAUCAUUUCUCGACAUGCUUAUUCUCAUCGCGCUUUUCGUUUUUCCGACCAUUUUUUGUAUGCCACCGCCAAAUGGAUUGAACCUGAAACCGGCGAAGCAAAUCAGCACUGAUCAAGUUGAGCCAACCGAAAAAAUUGAACCUCCACCAAAUCUUCAAUUGCGAUCACGAAUGAUGGCUGCGAUGAAUUCCAAUAAUGCGUCAAAUUCAAAAGCAUUUAGCUUUGCACAGCCGUUGAUAUUGAAGAAAUCCAACAAAAAAGCAUUCAAGACCGCGAAACCCGUUGAAGCUUCUUCGUCGCCGUCUCCAGCAUCCGAGUCCGAACCCAUUGAAAACAUCAGAAAUCAACCAAGCAAAUUAAGUCCAGAAGAAGUUAGACAAAAGUUCACCAGUGCGAGCAAUGAAAGGGUCAACUUGAAAGUUCGUCCAGUUCUCACAACGAAUUUUAUUGAUGCGAAUGGAAAAGUUGUUCGCGAUGUGGUCUCAGUGCCGAUUCGAGUAUCCGAUGGACACAUCCAUUCUAUUCCAAAAAAUUCGAAAAACGUGCAGUCGAGCGCAUCAGUUGUCGAGACAGGCGAGAAAAACGUGAACGUCUCAUUCCGGUCGUCACUCCCGCUGUGGCUAGUUUGA